AUGGGGCUUUCUUCUCCAUCGAAAAAGCUCGAGAGUCCAAGCUCUUCGCGAGACAAAUACGUCGACACUAGAAGUCUCGCGGAAAAAGGUGUAAAUCUCAUCGCGCUUUUGAUUGCAUUUCCGAUUCUCGCCUUCUCAUAUCCACUCUCUUUGCUCACGCGAGGAACACUCCACGGCGUUUGGAACUUCUCCAAGGAAAUACGACCACCGAUUACGCAAAUAUGGGCCGACUUCAUGACUUCAAACGUUAUGAACGUCCGAUUUAAAAUCGUUUCCCAGAAACAACUUUACAGAGACGGCAAAUGCGUGUAUCUGUGCAACCACCGCGCGUGGGCGGACUUCUUCAUCGACAUGUCCUUGUGCGAAGGACGAUCAUUUACUCUGUCGAGAAUGCUCGUGAUGUACGUGUUCCCGGUCUUCAUGGUACCCGCCGUCUUCGUUGGCGCAGUCUUUCCAUUUCGAAGGGACAAAGGUGGCGGUCACGAAGAACUGAACAAUAGCAUAGACAAGCACUGGUCUCGAUUCGAACAAUAUUUCCCGGGUUUCUUGUGCUACCCAGAAGGAACGAGAAAUAUUAAACCGCACAGCUUACCGCUCAAACGCGGGAUGUUGAGAUACGCGCACUCUAGGAAACUUCCCGUUCAAAUUAUCAUUUGCGCGGGAAAAGAGAAAGUGCUGUCGCAAAAACGUUUCGCCGCGGAGCGAAACCACGUUUUACCAGUAGCGUAUUCGUCCGUAAUCCAUAGCGAUAGUUACCCUGUAUUUGAGGAUUUUGCCGAAGCCAUCAGGCACUCUUGGGCGGAUGAAUGGGCGAACGCGUACAAUCACGAGAACAAAAUGGAAAAGCUCAAAGAUUUCAAGCCGAGCGAAAGAACGAUUCGAUACGAAAGAUGGGUCGAUUUCUUCACGACUGGGACGGUUGUUUCCUUCUUUGUUUUUUGUGCGCUCGUAGCAAACGUUUUACAGAUUAUCUUUCCAAAAAUCAUAGAGUUGGGACACGCCUGA